CAGAGGAGUCGGCCUACUGCAGUAUUUGUACCAAACAUGGACCGGAGGGUUUUGUGUGUUUUUAUGACCUUUGGUCAGAACAAACAUGGCGUCCGUGAGCAGAGGAAUGAGGCGACUUUUCUUCCUCCGACUCCUCAUCGCUUCUAUCCCAGCAUGCACUGGGCUUCCUGAAGGCGGUGUGUUCGUGAGCAGACCCCAGGCCAGCGUCUUCCUGCAUCGCACUCGUCGAGCCAACUUCCUGUUUGAGGAACUGAGGAAAGGAGAUCUGGAGCGCGAGUGUCGGGAGGAGAAAUGCUCCUACGAGGAGGCGAAGGAGAUCUUCACUCUGCGGCAGCAGCUGGAGGACUUCUGGAGGCUCUACACAGGGGUGGACCACUGCCUGUCGUCUCCCUGUAAGAAUGGAGCCACCUGCACUCGGCAUUUCGACACCUUCGUCUGCAAGUGUCCUCCGAGGUUCCACGGAUCCCACUGUGACAAAGCGCGCCCGGCCUCCCUGGGCUGCCGCUACCGGAACGGAGGGUGUGAACAUUUCUGCAGACAGCUUCCCAACCGUUCUCACGUCUGUUUCUGCGCUCGGGGCUACCGUCUGCACCGGGACGGCAAAUCCUGUUUGCCCGAAGAUCCGGUGGCCUGUGGAAGACCUCAGAUACAUUUUGCACCGAGGGUCGUCAACGGGGAGAACUGCCCCAAAGGACACUGCCCGUGGCAGGCUCUGCUGACGGAGCGCAGUGAUUUCAUCUGCGGCGGCGUGGUUCUGUCCGAUCUCUGGGUUCUAACGGCAGCUCACUGCGUCUGGGGAAAGAAUGAGUCCUUCUUCAACGUCACCGUCGGCGAACAUGACCUCAGCGAGGACGAGCAGACCGAGCAGAAGCGGCAUGUGGUCAAAGUGCUGAUCCACCACGGCUACAACGAGACCAGCUGGGACAGCGACCUGGCCUUGCUGAAGCUGCAGCGCCCCGUCAAACUGGGCCCCUACGUGGUCCCCAUCUGCCUCUCCGCUAGGAACAGCACCUUCGGCCGAACGCUGGCGGCCGUCCGCCAGUCCACCGUGUCCGGUUGGGGCCGCCUGUCGCUGUUCGGUUCCGCCGCCAAAAUCCUCCAGCGGCUGACGCUGCCGAGGGUUCCUCUGCAGGACUGCCGCCUUCACACCGGCCUCAACAUCACCAGGAACAUGCUCUGCGCCGGGCUGAGGUCCGGCGGCCGGGACGCCUGCAAAGGCGACAGCGGCGGUCCUCUGGUGACGCGCUACAAGAAGACCUGGUUCCUGACGGGCGUGGUGAGCUGGGGGAAGGGCUGCGCCACCGAAAACAUGUACGGGGUCUACACCAAAGUCAGCAACUUCCUGGGCUGGAUGGAGGACAUGAUGUCCACCGUCUGAGAGGGAUCCGGGUCCACAACCCGGGAGGGGAACCAAAUCAGAUUCAUCGUCAAAGAUCUAAAGGGAUUCUUUGAAUGUGACGUUGAUGCUUUCAUUAGUUCUGGAAGAAUAAAGACAAUGUCAACUUUCUGUGUUCA